AUGAUGAAUCAAUCCGGCGACGCUGACACGAUGACCAAGCAACGAGACGACGACCAUCCACAAGAAGGCCUGGAGGACAAGAAUGGACAGAUUGUCGACAUGGCAGAUGGCUAUACCCCCGAGGAGGAGAAGGAGGUGCUGCGCAAGAUCGACCUUGCCAUCAUGCCCAUGUACCUCGACAAACAGAGUCUGAGCUACGCGAGCGUCUUCGGCCUGAUUACGGAUCUCAACUUGACCAGCACUCAAUACUCUUGGUGUUCGUCCAUUUUUUACGUUGGUCAACUGGUGUCCGAGUACCCCUUCAUCUACCUGAUGAGCAGGUUCCAUCUCACCAAAUUCGUUGGAAUCACGGUUGUCAUCUGGGGCAUCAUUUGCAUGUGCCUUGCUGCGCCAACCAACUACGCCGGCUUCGCCACCGUCCGCUUCCUCCUGGGGUUCGCCGAGGGAGCCGUGUCCCCGGCCUUCAUCACCAUCACCAGCAUCUGGUAUCGCAGCAACGAGCACGCCCUCCGAACAGCGCUGUGGAUCACCAUGAACGGCGUGGCCCAGAUCUGCGGCUCGCUGCUCAUGUACGGCAUCGCCAAGAACACCGCCCUCGCCCUCGCGCCGUGGCGGACGCUCUUUCUCGUCUGCGGCGCCGUCACGUCGGCCGCCGGCGUCAUGUUCUACCUCUUCAUGCCCAACGGCCCCAAGGAUGCCUGGUUCCUGACGGCCCGCCAGAAGCAGGUCCUCUCACUGCGGAUGGCCAAGGACCGCGAGGGCGGCGACAAGACCUCCUUCUCCGUGUCGCAGCUCAAGGAGGCCGCCCUGGACAUCAAGACCUGGUUCGUGUUCUGGUUCGGCGUCCUGGUGACGAUGCAGUCUCCGGUCCUGACGUUCGCAUCACUCGUCAUCAACAACAUCGGCUACGAUAAGUACGAAACAAUGCUCUACACAGCUCCUUCGGGCGCCGUCCAAAUCGGGAUGCUCUGGAUCGGCGUCUGCGGCUGCAUGCUGUUCCCCAAGAACAGAACCCUCGUAGCAUUGGUCCUUAUCCUACCACCUCUGGCGGGCAACGUGCUCCUCAUGAAGCUCUCCACCAACUCCGGAUGGGGCAUGAUAGCGGCCUCUUGGAUCUCGUCGUGCAUCACCGCAGUCUGGUCCAUCCUCCUGUCCCUCACCGCGUCCAACGUCAAGGGCAACACCAAGCGCGCCAUCGUCAAUGCCAUGUUCUUCGUCGGCUACUGCGCGGGGUGCAUCGGUGCCCCGCAGCUCUGGACCGAGAAGCCGCGGUACUUCAACGGCGUCGUCACGGCCAUCGUCACCUGGUGUCUGCUCUUUGUGGAGAUUAUCGUGUAUCGGUAUCUAUGCUCGAGAGACAACUCCAAGAGAGAUGCCGACCUCUCUGGUGCACAGUCUUCGGGAAGCGGCCAUGAUGAGGUCACGUUGGAUGCCGGCGGCGCCCCUGAUAGCGAUAUGACGGACAAGCAGGAUAGACAGUUCAGAUACAGCAUAUAG